UCGAUCGGGAGCACGCACAGUUAGAGGAGAGCAGUGGGAAAGGGGGAGAGAAAACACUGGUUGAUAUUGGCUGUUGAGGACGCACUGGCAAGCAAGAAAUACUCCCCAUGACCACAGCUAGGUUGGCGGCGGGAUGGAUGGAGUGACGGAGCUGCCUGAGCCGUGAAAGCAGGAGCCGACAUGAAGACUGCUGGAAAGACUGUGUGUGUUUUUGUGCUGCUCACCAUCACCAAGGUCACGAGAACAGUAGGGCACAAGAGAGUGUCAGUGACAGUAGGUAACAGCUCUGUGCUCAUCUGCUCUCCCAAACCAAAUAUGACUAUGGCAACAUGGAAAAUAAACCCCAAGGCUGGAGGCCCCUGCAGCCUGGGAUACAGGGCUGACCAGAACAAGACAGACAGAACAAACUGCAGUGAGAGCAUCAACUGGAAAUUCAGACCAGAUCAGGAUCCUACCCUUGAGAUACAGCAAGUGGGAAGAGCCCAUGAGGGAAGUUACACCUGCGAAGUAGUAGUAGCAGAAGGGAAUUUCCACACGUCAUACUACCUGACUGUGCUGGUCCCCCCGAGGCUGACCCUCUACUGUGAUGAUCAAGGGAACCCCGUGUGCGAGGCAGCGGCAGGGAAACCGGCUGCUCAGAUCUCGUGGGUCCUAGAGAACAACUCCACCCCCAAGGAAGAAGGCCAUGACGACGGGACAGUGACUGUUCUCAGCAAGUUCACAGCAUACAGCACCAAUGGGACAACCUGCAUUGUGUCCCACCUGGCUGGGAACUGGAGCAAGUCCAUAGCCUGUCAUCCCACAAAGUCCACCAUCUUUACCCGAUACGUCUACAUCAUUCUUUGCUUCCUGAGCAUUAUCACCUUCAUGGCUGUCUUUUACUACUUUAAGCUCCACCGUGACAGACUGUGCCACAAAACCAAACCUCCUGAGACUGCUCCUACACAUUCCCCACAGGACGACACAAUGGAAGUGGAACCUUAUACUACUUAUGUGCAGAAGGAAAAUGUAAUUUAUAACUCAGUGUCUGAUCUGACAGUGGGGCAGAAUCUUCUACAAGGACUGUCGCCAGCAACAUGAGUGAUUCAACAACACUGGAAAGGGAGAGAGACACUUUAUAAAAGACUCGUUAUUGACAGAAACUUACCAGAGAAUUUCUUCAUAUUUAGGGACAACAUAGCUCACUAGGUCUGUUCAAAUACUUGUGCUUGCUGAUGAGUCUGUAUAGUUCUUUUUUCCCCAUUUUGCCUUCUUCCUUGGGAAAGGAAACACGUUUCCUGUUAUUCCUUGGGAAAAUGUGACUGACCCCAUGCCAUAGUUUCUCCUGGAAAAGUUGCUGUGAUCAGUCUUCCCUUUGCUGUUCUUGCCUUGGAGAUUCUAGUUUUGUCAGGCACUUCUAGGCAUUACUUUGAUGCACUUGACACUAUGUUGCACACAUCUGGGAGAUGGGAGGAGUGUUAACCUCUGAACUAAAAUGAAACACUCUUCAAUCAACAGCCACUUUUUUCUAAGUCACAAAUUACUAAUAUAGUGGCCUGAGUACUGAUCAUGAUGGAAUAGCUCAAAUGGCGGAAUAUAUUGGUAGGCAAGACCUUUAAUCCCCCGGUUCUGAAAACGGAAAUGAGUGAUGAAUUUAGAAGGUCAUCCACUAAGAAAGAGACUUCACUGGCAUAGAAUCAUGGAGUCACAGAAUCAUACAAUACCAGGUUGGAGGGGACCUCAAGAAUCACCUGGCCCAACCUUUCUCGGCAAAAGCACGGUCUAGACAAGAUGGCCCAGCACCCUGCCCAGCCAAAUCUUAAAAUUGUCCAGUGUUGGGGAAUUCACCACAUCCCUGGGGAGACUAUUCCAAUGGCUGAAUGUUCUCAUUGUGAAAAGUUUUCCUCUUGUGUCAAUUGGAAUCUCCCCAGGAGUAACUCGUACCCAUUACCCCUCGUCUUUUCCAUGCGACUCCUUGAAAAAAGGGAGUCUCCAUCUUCUUUGUAGCCACCCUUUAAAUACUGGAACAUGGUGAUAAGAUCUCCCCUAAACCUUCUUUUCUAAGGCUGAACUAACCCAAUUUUCUCAGCCUUUCCUCAUGUAUCAGGCUUCCCCAUCCUUUGAUCAUCUUUGCGGUCCUUCUCUGGACCCUCUCCAGUUUGUCCACAUCUUUUUUUGCCUAGCGGAGACCAAAACAGAACACAGUGUUCCAGUUAUGACCUCACAAGUGCUGACUAUAAUGGGAUAAUGGCUUCUUUACCUCUGCUGGUGAAGCCCUUGUUGAUGCAGCCCAGCAUCCUGUUGGCUUGCUUUGCCGCAGCAGCACACUGUUCACUCGUAUGGAACUUGUUGUCCACCAGGACCCCCCAGUCCCUUUCCACAGAGCUGCUCCCCAGCCGGGUAGAUCCCAGCCUGUGCUGCAGUCCUGGAUUAUGUUAUCCCAGGUGUAAGACCUUACACUUGUCCUUGUUGAACUCCAUAAGGUUCUUGUUAGCCCUCUCUUAGGUCUUCCUGCAGGGUGUCUCUCCCUUCUGAAGUGUCCACUUCCCCACUCAGUUUGGUGUCAUCAGGGUACGCUUGAUUCCAUCAUCCAGUUGACUUGUGAAGAUAUUAAACAGCGUUGGGCCCAAUAUCGAUCCCUGGGGGAUCCCACUUUUCCUGUCAAAAGGUUGCCAGUUUGAAAAGGAGCUAUUUACCACCACCCUCUGGGUAUGGCCUGUCAGCCAGUUCCCCACCCACCAUACAGACCACUGUGUAGAUCAUAACACAACAGUUUCUCAGGAGGAGGCAGUGUGGAACCAUACUGAAAGCCUUGGAGAAAUCCAGAUAGACAAUGUCUACUGCUCACAGCUCACCAACCAAACAGGCUACUUUGUUGUAGAAGGCAAUCAGGUUUGUCAAACUCGAUUUGCCCUUGGUGAAUCCGUGCUGGCUUUUCCCAAUCCCAUGCUUCAUUUGACUUGUGAUAGCCCCCAGGAGGAUUUGUUCCAUAACUUUCCCAGGGACUGAAGUAAGACUGAUUGGCCUAUAAUUUCCUGGAUCCUCCUUCAAGCCCUUCUUGUAGAUGGGGGUGACAUUAGCCUUCUUCCAGUCUUCUGGGACAUCCCCUGAUCUCCACAACUUCUCAAAGAUUAUGGAGAAUGGCCUUGCAACGAUGUCAGCCAGCUCUCUUAACACCCUUGGGUGAGUAACAUCAGGGCUUAUUGAUUUCUAGGGGUCAAGCUCCUGUAAUAAUUCGCAUACCAACUCUUCCUUCACUGACAGUGUGUUUGUGUUUGCAUCAACCUGGAUAUUUUUUUCCCAAGGCCUGUGGCACAACAGUGCUGGUAAAGACAGAAGUGAAGAAAGUGUUGAGAACCUCUGCCUUUUCAGCAUGAUAAAUGUAUUUGUUAAGUUCAUAUAUAGUAUUUCCACUAAACGUGUUCAUUCUGUAUUUCAGAUUAUCGUUAUGAUUACUUUUCUGUAUGAUUCUCUGAAGAUAUGGUAUUCCUCUCUUUCUUAAGAGUAUUUGCAUUAAGAUACUGUAAAAGAAUUAUGUUACUCAAAUUUGGUAAACUACUUGUAACAGAAGCAAACAUCAAAUAUUUCACAAAAUGAAACUAGUUAAAAUAUAUCUUCUAUAACUGUGCAAUAUUGUACAAAAAGGAUAAAAUGCUUGCUAAUUCUAGUCAUAUUUAUUUUAACUACCACAACUGAAGAUUUUUUCAUUAAUAUGUCUAGAUGUUUUAUUGAUUUUUUUAAAAUAUACUUGCAAAUUCACAUUUUUGUAUGUAAAU